AGUCUGUAAACGGCGAACUCACUGAUUUCCUACCCUCCACACAAACUACCGCACUGUAACAAGCUUUACUUCUCCGAGAGCGUCAAAAGCUUUCGGAGUUAUCUCACGGCUGAAGGAGGGGGAACCGCGUGCGUUUGGAAAAGAGUCCCCGGGGCGGUGUGAAUGCGAAUAAAUUAGUAAAGCGAGGUCGUCUUUUGUUGAGGCAUUUGCCCAGUUUCUCCUCUGUAUGGACAUCGGCUCUCUCUGGAUAAAGUAUACGCGUGAUUGUUCAGACCUCGGGUUCUUGGAUUUUGGCCCAGGCCGAGAAGUUCGGCAGGGUCAGUUUGAAGGGAACAGACGUGGAAUUGUGUUUGAAGUUGUUUGCAGCAGCCCGAUUGGAACUUAGAUCAUCAUACUGGCGGCUCUUCUGAAACGCUGGGGUUGUUGGUGUGGCCAAAUUUUCCCUGGAUUUGAUUGGUAAAUUCAGAAGACUGAAGCCCAGGCUAACAGUCUACCUUUCACGGAGGCCCAGCCGUGAGAGGACAGAAGAAGGCACGUGGCGAAUCAUGACUGCCGACAAAGAGAAGGACAAGGAGAGGGAGCGCGACCGGGAUCGGGACAGAGACCGUGAAAAGCGGGACAAAAUGCGUGAGAGCGAGAGCUCACGGCCCCGGCGUAGUUGCACGCUGGAGGGUGGCGCUAAGAACUAUGCAGAGAGCGAACAUAGUGAGGACGAUGACAACGAGACUCCUGGGGCCACCAAUGCCGAGGAGGGCACCAAGAAGAGCAAGAAGAAGUUGCCCAAGAAGAAGUCACGCUAUGAGCGAACAGAUACCGGCGAGAUCACUUCCUUCAUUACAGAGGACGAAAUUGUUUACAGACCUGGCGAUUGUGUGUACAUAGAAAGCCGACGGCCGAACACACCAUACUUCAUCUGUAGCAUUCAGGACUUUAAGCUGAGUAAACGGGACCAUCUGUUAAUGAAUGUGAAAUGGUACUACCGCCAGUCUGAGGUACCCGACUCUGUCUACCAGCACCUGGUGCAGGACCGCAACAAUGAGAACGACUCUGGUCGGGAGCUGGUUAUUACUGAUCCUGUGGUUAAGAGCAGAGAGCUCUUCAUCUCAGACUAUGUGGACACCUAUCAUGCUGCUGCCCUCAGGGGGAAAUGUAACAUUUUACACUUCUCUGACAUAUUUGCUGCCAGGGAGUUCAAAGCACGAAUCGACUCUUUCUUCUACAUCCUAGGAUAUAACCCAGAAACUAGGCGAUUAAACAGUACACAAGGGGAGAUUCGAGUUGGUCCUAGUCACCAGGCCAAGCUGCCAGAGCUGCAGCCCUUUCCCUCUCCUGGAGGUCCGAUGGUGACUGAAAAUGAGGAGCUGGUCUGGAUGCCUGGGGUCAAUGACUGUGACCUGCUCAUGUACCUGCGGGCAGCCAGGAGCAUGGCAGCGUUUGCAGGGAUGUGCGAUGGGGGGUCAACGGAGGAUGGCUGCCUCGCCGCCUCACGAGACGACACUACACUUAACGCAUUAAACACUCUUCAUGAGAGCAGCUAUGAUGCCGGGAAAGCCCUGCAGCGGCUGGUGAAGAAACCCGUGCCCAAGCUGAUUGAGAAGUGCUGGUCAGAGGAUGAAGUGAAACGGUUCAUUAAAGGUUUAAGGCAGUACGGGAAGAACUUUUUUAGGAUUCGGAAAGAAUUGCUCCCCAACAAGGAAACGGGGGAGUUGAUCACCUUUUACUAUUAUUGGAAGAAAACCCCAGAGGCUGCUAGUUGCAGAGCCCACCGCCGACAUCGCAGACAACCCGUCUUCCGCCGGAUCAAGACCCGCACUGCCUCCACGCCCGUUAACACUCCCUCCCGCCCACCUUCCAGCGAGUUCUUGGACUUGAGUUCAGCCAGCGAAGAUGAUUUUGACAGUGAAGACAGCGAGCAGGAACUGAAGGGCUACGCCUGCCGCCACUGUUUUUCUACCACCUCCAAGGACUGGCACCACGGAGGUCGUGAGAAUAUCCUGCUGUGCACCGAUUGCCGGAUCCAUUUUAAGAAGUACGGCGAACUACCCCCAAUUGAGAAGCCUGUAGACCCACCACCGUUUAUGUUCAAACCUGUCAAAGAGGAAGACGAUGGAAUCAGUGGGAAGCAUAGCAUGAGGACUCGACGAAACCGCGGCUCAAUGUCAACACUACGAAGUGGCCGCAAGAAGCAAACCGCCAGCCCAGAUGGAAGAGCCUCACCAACCAAUGAGGAUUUGCGGUCCAGUGGGCGUACCUCACCCAGUGCAGCCAGCACCUCCAGCACUGACAGCAAGACUGACUCGAUGAAGAAACCCAGCAAGAAGAUAAAGGAAGAGGCACCGUCGCCUAUGAAGAGUGCCAAACGUCAGAGAGAGAAAGGCGCAUCAGACACGGAGGAGUCCGAGAGGGCAAGUGCAAAGAAGUCUAAAACGCAGGAGCUAAGUCGGCCAGAUUCGCCCUCGGAAUGUGAGGGCGAGGGGGAGAGCUCGGAUGGUCGCAGCGUGAAUGACGAGGGCAGCAGUGAUCCUAAGGACAUUGACCAGGACAAUCGCAGCUCCUCUCCCAGCAUCCCCAGUCCACGUGACAAUGAAAGUGACUCUGACUCCUCUGCGCAGCAGCAGGUCCUCCAGGGCCAGCACCCUCCAGUCAUUCAGUGCCAGACAGGGGCUCAGCCCCCCGCCCCUCCUGCCUCGGCUGCAGCCUCCACAUCCCCCACUUCAGGCGCCCCUUUACUGCCCUCCCAGCCUUCCCCUUCUGCCCCCACUACCUCCGUGCUGCCUCUGCAAAUACCUCCAGUGGGUCCGCUCUCUCUCAUCCAGUCAGGGGCACAGAGGCUGCCCUCACCACACUCUCCCCUCCAGGGCAUGCCUCAGCCCCCACCACCCACUCAAACCGGCCCUCAAUCCCUGCAGCCUCCACUACAUGGCCCUAUGCCGCCCAUGGGCCACCCUCUGCAGGCAGGGCCAUCACACAUGCCUCACCCUCACACAUUACCCUCUCAGUCUUUCCCUAUUGGUCAGUCUCAGGUCCCCCCUUUACCUCUCUCGGGUCAGGCACAGGCCUCCGCCCUCUCGCAACAACAACAGCGACCUCACACCCCUCCUUCCCAGUCUCAGUCCUCUUCGCAAAGUGGCAGCCAGCCUCCCAGAGAGCAGCCUUUACCGCCCGCACCAUUGCCAAUGCCCCACAUCAAACCUCCACCUACCACCCCUAUCCCACAGAUGCCAAACCCUCAAUCACACAAGCAUCCUACCCACCCCCCAUUCCCACAGAUGCCUUCCAACUUGCCCCCGCCACCAGCCUUGAAGCCCCUGAGCUCUCUAUCCACACACCAUCCUCCCUCCGCCCAUCCGCCUCCACUGCAACUCAUGUCGCAAAACCAGCAGCUCCAGCCUCCACCAGUUCAACCUCCAGUGCUCACUCAGUCUCAAAACCUGCCAGCUACAGGAAGCCAAGCACCACCUCCGGCUCCCCCUCUUCCUUCAUCUUCCUCUGCCUCUCACUCUACACCUUCUCAACCCCCCUUCCCUCCUCACCCCUUCAUCCCUGGCAGCUCACCUGUCCUUUCACCCUCCACUGUUCCCUCUUCUGUGGCGGGCUCCAUGGCCAUGCUGCAGCAGCCACCCUCCUCUAUAUCCAUGCCCUUGCCUGCAUCGGUCAGCGCGCCUUGCCCGGGACCCUCCACUGUACCGCCUGUUCAGAUUAAAGAAGAGCCUCUGGAUGAGGUAGAGGAGCCAGAGAGUCCUCCACCUCCACAGAGAAGUCCUUCACCUCCGCCCACCAUUGUCAACACUCCCAGUCAUGCCAGCCAGUCAGCACGGUUUUACAAGCAUCUCGACAGAGGUUACAAUACAUGUGCCAGAACGGACUUCUAUUUUACACCACUGGCCUCAUCGAAACUGGCAAAGAAACGGGAGGAGGCACUGGAGAAAGCCAAGAGGGAAGCAGAGCAAAAAGCACGAGAAGAGAAAGAGAAAGAGAGGGAACGAGAGAAGGAAAGAGAGAGGGAACGGGAGAGAGAAAAGGAGGCAGAGAGAGUUGCUAAAGCAUCUAGUUCUUCCCAUGAAGGUCGCAUGGGUGAUCCUCAGAUGGCCGGAUCAGCUCACAUGCGAACAUCCUUCGACCCACCUCCCACCACCAUCGCCACUGUGCCCCCAUACAUCGGCCCCGACACGCCUGCCCUGCGCACGCUCAGCGAGUACGCACGGCCCCACGUCAUGUCCCCCACCAACCGCAACCAUCCCUUCUUUGUCACACUCAACCCCGCAGACCCUCUCCUGGCCUACCACAUGCCCGGGCUGUACAACGCAGACCCCGGCAUGCGGGAGCGUGAGCUGCGGGAGCGAGAGAUGCGGGAGAGGGAGAUCCGUGAGAGGGAAAUGAGGAUGGAGAGGAUGAAGCCGGGCUUUGAGGUCAAACCUCCAGAAAUGGACAGCAUGCAUCCUUCCGCCAACCCCAUGGAGCACUUUGCCAGACACGGGCCCAUUGGUCUCCCACACAUGGCUGGACAUCAUCCAUUUGCCUCAUUCCACCCGGGUCUAAACCCAUUGGAGCGGGAGCGGCUGGCGUUGGCUGGACCGCAGCUACGGCCUGAGAUGACCUACCCUGAGAGGCUGGCGGAGAGGCUACAUGCUGAGAGAAUGGCCUCAGUUGCUAAUGACCCCAUAGCACGGCUGCAGAUGUUCAACGUGACGCCACACCACCAUCAGCACUCGCACAUCCAUUCACACCUCCACCUGCACCAACAGGACCCACUGCACCAAGGUGGUGGUGAAUGCCUUGUGUGUCCCCCAGGUUCUGGGGCACAUCCGCUUGUAGACCCAUUGGCAGCUGGACCGCACCUAGCCCGGUUUCCCUACCCACCUGGAGCCAUCCCCAACCCCCUGCUCGGACAGCCCCCACAUGAACACGAGAUGCUCAGGCACCCUGUGUUCGGUGCUCCAUAUCCCAGAGAACUGCCAGGGGGGCUUCCACCACCCAUGUCAGCAGCACACCAGCUGCAGGCUAUGCAUGCACAGUCCGCAGAGUUACAGAGAUUGGCCAUGGAGCAACAAUGGCUACAUGGUCACCACCACAUGCAUGGUGGCCCUCUGCCAGGACAGGAAGACUAUUACAGCCGGUUGAAGAAAGAGAGUGACAAGCACCUGUGAUCAACCAAGAGCUCCCAGAGAUCAGCAGGACACAGGAGGGCAUAGCAGAACAGUCACACAGGAACUUGCAUGUCCUUGGAACAUUUUACAUUUGGAAAAGUGACAAGGAUUGUCCGAGGAACCUUUUUUUUUCUGUCAGCUGUUGUCAACUAUUAUGGACUUAUUUUUAAGACAUUGACUUUUCUGGGGGGGGUUAUACAGUGUAUCGUUCAAGUAGUGACAGCGUCCUCAAGACUGAUUGUGACUUUCCUGCAUGAAUGUCCUCUGAGAAGAUUCCCUGAUGUUUUUUGUAGGUGCUAGCAUACCAGAUACUUUGUCACUGUGCUAAUUGGGGGGGAAAGGAACAGAACAUUUGGGCCAUUAUAUCUGAAAAGUGCUAUCUUAAAUUCAAUGUUUAUUUUAAUACAUUGUAGGAGGUUUUCAUAAUGUUAAGGAAAGCUGCAGCAUGGCGGGGUUUUUUUUUUUUUUUCAGUCUGUAAAUAGUAUAUAAAUAUAUAUACAUAUAAUUAUUACUAUUAUUAUUAUAAUUAUUAUUAGGUGUGGAUUCCUAACCAAGUUGUUAGACCUCCAAUAUAAUAAUUUCCGAAGUGUCAUCCCUUGUUUCAGAGGGGAAGGAGAUGGCACUUUUAGAGCAGGUAACCAUGUCCGAUGGUUCGGUCCAUUCAGCGGGCUUGCGGGGAGAAUGGAACCGGAUUUCAAUCCAAUCACCUCUAAAGGUCAAUGCUCAGAUCAAGCGAUUUUUAAUUUGUUUGUUUGAUUUCUCAUAUAUUGACAGUCUGCAUCACAAACAUUCAUGACAUCAUGACCAUAUUUUUUUCCUUUCAUGGUUAAACUCAGAAGAUUGAGUUUGAAACACUUGAAGAGGAAGUGCAGUUCCUCGUGCGUACUGGGGCAAGUAUCCCCGACCAUUUUGAAAGCAAAAUAUUGCACUGAAUAAACUCAAAAACUUUUAUGUUAUUAAACUGUAAUUGGCCUUUUUUAUGGCAGUGAAAUGUGAGCAAGGGCAUUUUAAAAAGCCUGUAUUAUUAGUUCUGUUUUCUGUGUACCAAACUGAAAGGCAUUCGGAUUUGCAAGAAUUUUUGAAAAAGUGAACUGGGUUCAUGUCUUGGCUAGUUGAAGUACUUACAGACUGCAAAACUGAUUGUACUCUUUUGUUAUGUAACAAUAUGACAUCUGGUUGCACAUUUCUCAAUUGUUUUUACAUCUAGUUUUACACGUUGUCGGAGUGCUGGAAAAGAUAGCAAUGCCCACCACUUACGCACUUAAUGUCCAAGUUCCAACAAGCUACUCAGUUAUCAGAUCUACCGUACAGAUUCAUGGAACCACUCUCACUGUGAAACCUGGAGAAAAUAUCAACAGAGAGAUGUCAAGAUUUGAGUCUGUGUACCUGUGUGCAUGUGUUCACUGUAGUGAUGACCAUGUUUCUCCAUUUGAGCUCUGCAUUCCUGACACUGCAUUACCUAUGAAGCAUGAUGCAGUCAUUGUCUGUUACAUGCAGUAUUUGUUUCCCUUCAGAUCCAUCAGAAUAUUCUUUAUUUUAGUUUACAGAUGCUUAAUAUUCAUUUUCCUCUAGGGGGAUUGUCUGUUGCUGGAAUUUGGGGCUGACAAUUCAAAGUACAGUAAUAGCUCACAGUAGUGUUAAUAUUUUUUUCUUGGGUUUAAAAAAAAAAACCCAUUCUGCUAUUUUAACAGUAUGAGCCCAAAAUUGAUCAUCACUUUGUGUAAUUGGACUGUCAAAUAUAUUUUUGUCUCAAUGUAUACAGCAUUUUUCUUUUAAUUAUUUUCUCUUUUAUGUCCCUCUUUUGUGUCUUAAACCUUUGAUGUUGAGUGUUGUCAAUGGUUUAGCUUCUUGUUUCAAAGCGGCAAUAGCAGAAUGUACAUUCUGACUGCUAAGAUUUAUAUAUACUGGUAUCUUGAAGCUUAUUGUAUAUAUUAGUAGUUGCCAUGGGAUGACACAGUGUAAACAAAAAGUAGAGAUAAUUAAGGCAAAUUGUGAGUCCUGUGUUCUCCCCAUUUAAGUAUUUUGUAAUUUUUUUGAAAAAUUUGUGGAAUUUAAAUAAAACUAAGUUACACCA